AUGUAUAUAUCUAUCUAUCUCCGGAAGUCUAUUCAUAUCUAUCUAUCUAUCUAUCUAUCUAUCUAUCUAUCUAUCUAUCUAUCUAUCUAUCUAUCUCAGUAUUUUAUCAAUCUGUCGCAGUCUAUUCAUAUCUAUCUAUCUAUCUAUCUAUCUAUCUAUCGCAGUAUAUUUCUGUCUAUCUAUCUAUCUAUCUAUCUAUCUAUCUAUCUAUCUAUCGCAGUCUAUUCAUAUCUAUCUAUCCAUCUAUCUAUAUAUCUCAGUCUGGUCAAUAUCUAUCUAUCUAUCUCUCGCAGUCUAUUCAUAUCUAUCUAUCUAUCUAUCUAUCUAUCUCAGUCUAUUUUAUCAACCUAUCGCAGUCUAUUCAUAUCUAUCUAUCUAUCUAUCUAUCUAUCUAUCUAUCUAUCUAUCUAUCGCAGGCUAUUCAUACCUAUCCAUCUAUCUAUCUAUCUAUCUAUCUCUAUCUCUGCUCAUCUGCUCAUAUCUAUCUAUCUAUCUAUCUAUCUAUCUAUCUAUCUAUCUAUCUAUCGCAGUCUAUUCAUAUCUAUCUAUGUAUCUAUCUCAGUCUGUUCAUAUCUAUCUCUCAAAGUUUAUUCAUAUCUAUCUAUCUAUCUAUCUAUCUAUCUAUCUAUCUAUCUAUCUAACAAAUUAUAUAUCUAA